AUGAAAAAAAAAAGAAUAUUUUAAUUUUAAUUUGUUUGUUUAAAAAUAUUGAUAAGUAAUAAAUAAUAAAAAAAUUAGAGAUGUAAUAAGAGUAAUUAAGCCACUUAUCAAUUUAAGAUUUUUAAUUAAUAAAGGUAAUUGGGAAAGGAUCAUAUGCAAAAGUGCUUUUAGUAAGAAAGAAUGAUUCAGGGAAAUUGUAUGCAAUAAAGGCCUUAAAGAAGAAGUAUAUUUAAUAGAAAAGAUAGGAGGUAUGGAAUAAGAUAAAAUAAAAUAGGAACAUAUAAUGGUUGAAAGAAAUGUGUUGGUUUCAGCAAAUCAUCCAUUUAUAAUAAAAUUGGCAUAUUCAUUUUAAAAUGAGAGGAAAUUAUACUUUGUUUUAGAAUAUUGUCCAGGUGGAGAGUUAUUUAAUUUAUUAUAGAAGAAAAAGAAAUUGACAGAAGAUUAGUAAAAGAAUAAAUAUUUUUAAAAGAUGUCGAUUUUAUGUUUGUUAAAUGAUAUUGGCUAUAGAAUACUUGCAUGAAAAUAAUAUAAUAUAUAGAGAGUAAGAGAUGAAUGUUAAGGUAUAGUUUAAAACCAGAGAAUGUAAUUUUGGAUGCAGAUGGAUAUAUAAGAAUAACAGAUUUUGGAUUAUCAAAAAAGAAUGUAAAAUAAGACAAAGAUGCAUAUUCAGUAUGUGGAACACCUGAAUAUUUGGCACCUGAAAUAUUAAUGAAAUAAGGACAUGGUAAACCAGUAGAUUGGUGGACUUUGGGAUGCAUCAUUUUUGAAAUGAUAACUGGAAUGCCUCCUUACUAUUCAAAUCAAAGAAGUGACUUGUUUGAAUAGAUAAAAUUAUAAUUUCCAAAAUAUCCAUAAAAUUUGAAUCCUAUAUUAAGGAAUCUAUUGGAAGGUUUAUUUUUAAAAUAACCAGAAAGUAUAAAAAUAGUAGAAAAUACUUAGAACGUUUGGGUUAUAAUGGAGCAUUUGAAAUUAAAUCACAUCCAUGGUUUGAAAGAGUUAAUUGGGAUUACAUAUUAUAAAAGAAAGUGGAGGCACCAUUUAAACCUAAAUUGACAAAUGAAGAAGACACUUCAAAUUUUGAUUCUGUAUAUUAUUUUAUAGAUGGUAUUUAAUAGGAAUUUACUGAAUGUACCAUAGCAUCAUUUGAAACUGCAAGUUCAGAAGGCAGAAUUUAUUAUGAUUUUUCCUAUGGUGGCAGCAUGAUUAAGGAGUGA